CAUACAUACACAUACACAGACACACAUACACUGUCCCUCCUCCUUUAACAGAGCACGGGGCAGCCAUUCCGAUGGCUGGGGAGAGAUAGAUCCCCUUCUCUUUCUGUUUCCUCUGCGAAAGGAGAAAAAACAACAAUAGAGCAACUUAGAGAAUUGCACAACUGGACAAAGCACGAGUAGAAGCAGGCAGACGCACAACUACGGAGACCAAGAGAAUUACUACUUUUUGUUUCCUGACUUGCCGUAGAUUUGAUUGAGCUGCUCUCAUCAUCUUUGCAGGCUCGUGCCUUCUGGGGAGUUUAUUGAAAUCGGUUUGAUCUGUGUCUUAACCACAAACGGAUGUGAAGGAGAAAGGUGCUGGUUUAAUUCAAUCUGAGAUACCCCUGCCUGGAUCUUGAAACCAUCAGUUUUUUUUUUGUUUUUUAUUUAUUUCUGCUGUUGAACAUAGAAACAAGAAAGGAGUUUAAAAGGAGUUAACUUGAUGUUUAAAUGGAUGUAAGAUUUUACCCACCAGCAGCUCAGUCUGCUGCAGUUCCUGAUACCCCCUGUUUGGGACCUUCUCCCUGCUUGGAUCCCUACUAUUGCAACAAGUUUGAUGGUGAGAACAUGUAUAUGAGUAUGACGGAACCAAACCAGGACUAUGUGCCAGCAAGCCAGUCAUAUACUGGACCCAGCUUAGAAAAUGAAGAUUUUAAUAUCCCACCAAUAACUCCUCCAUCACUGCCAGACCAUGCACUGGUGCCGUUAUCGGAGACAGAGUCUGGAUACACCUCUCUCUGUCACCCAAUGAAUCAAAAUGGCCUGCUCUCAUUUCAUCCCCAGAAUAUGGAAUUACCUGCAAUUACUGUAUCAAACAUGCUGAGUCAAGAUGGGACCCUGCUGUCUAACUCCAUUUCAGUGAUGCAAGAGAUGCAGAAUUCUGAUGGAACGCGCUAUUCUUCUCAUUCCCAAAUGGCAGCUAUGAGACCAAGAGUUCAGGCAUCAGAAAUCAGACAGGCAGGAAUGAUGCAGCACGGGCAAUUAACUACAAUCAACCAAUCACAACUGAGUGCUCAACUUGGACUGAAUAUGACAGGAAACAAUGUUGCCCAUAAUUCUCCAUCUCCACCAGGAAGUAAAUCUGCAACACCUUCUCCAUCUAGUUCAGUCCAUGAAGAUGAAGUGGAUGAAACUGCCAAGAUCAAUGCAGCUGAAAAAAGGCCAGCACCAGAUAUGGCAAAAAAGCCAAAAACACCCAAAAAGAAAAAGAAGAAAGAUCCUAAUGAGCCACAGAAGCCUGUGUCGGCCUAUGCGUUAUUCUUCCGAGAUACUCAAGCAGCCAUUAAAGGCCAAAAUCCAAAUGCUACAUUUGGGGAGGUUUCAAAAAUAGUUGCUUCAAUGUGGGAUGGACUAGGAGAAGAACAAAAACAGGUGUACAAAAAGAAGACAGAGGCUGCCAAAAAAGAGUAUCUUAAGCAAUUGGCGGCAUACAGAGCAAGUCUUGUAUCCAAGAGCUAUAAUGACCCUAUAGAUGUUAAGACAUCUCAGUCAUCACAGAUGAUGAAUUCCAAACCUCCUGUGUUUCAUGGGCCUACACAAGCACACUCCGCUCUUUAUCUCAGCUCACCAUAUCAUCAACAAUCAACAAUGAGUCCUCAUUUAUCUGCCAUGCACCCAGGUAUCAACAGGAACAUAGCUCCUAAACCCAACAACCAAAUGCCAGUGACUGUUUCCCUAGCAAGCAUGGCUGUAUCUCCUCCUCCAAGUCUUCAGAUGAGUCCACCUCUUCAUCAGCAUCUGCAUAUGCCGCAACACCAGCAAAUAUCGAUGCAGCAGUCCAUUGGAAACCACCAGCUACAGAUGCAGAGCCACUCCAUUUUACAUUCAUCAGCAAUGCAGCAGGGAUUUUCUCUUCAACAAGAAUAUCAGAAUCUUAUUAACCCGACAUCUACAGCAGCCCAGGUCGUUUCACAAGCAAUGGAAUAUGUUCGUUCAGGUUGCCGGAAUCCUCCUGGACAAACUGUAGACUGGAACAAUGACUACUGCAGUAAUGGGAAUAUGCAGAGAGACAAAGCACUGUACUUAACCUGAAACCCGAAUCACGUAAAGAACCGUCUUUCGGACGAGGAAUGCAGGGACGGCAUUUGUCAAGGAUUGCACCAAGUGAUCACAGGAGUUUUGCAUUUUAUUAGAAAAUAUAAGUUGCUAAGCACUUAGGACAUUAACGUUUGUGGGCUAUCCACUCUGGGAAUAAACAAAUAAAAAUUAGUCUUGCUUUUUUUGCUUUUACUUUUACAAAAAAAAAUCUUUAAAUGGACAUGUCUCCCUUUCCUUACUGAAAGAAAAUCGGAUCAUUCAAUUGUUAUGUUGGUUUUGCUGUGAAGUGCUGCACUAGUAACUAACUGCCUUAGCAACAGUAGACAUCUCGGAUAAAAGUCCUGGAUUCUCCAUUGGUUUUCAUAAUGGUUGUUUAUAUAAAUCAAUGAAAGACUUUUUAAAUGGCUUGAUGUAGCACUCAUAGAAAGUUUGUAAAUAGCAUCUAUGUCCUCUCUUCUAGAGCAUAAAAAAAUGUGAAUGUUUUUGUAGCUAAAUUGCAAUUUGAAACUCAUGCAUUCCAGUUGGUUAAUUUCAGAAAUGGGGCAAAAUUGGCAAGCAGUCAUAUUUUUACUUGUUUUUUAAUGCCUAAUAUGUCUAUAUUUUGAAAAUAUUUUGGAGAAGACAUUUCUCCAAGAAAAUGAAAAUAAUAUUAUUAAUAAUACUGUUAUUAAAUAAGGAAUUUGGUCACAUAUCUAUGGAGAAAAAGAAAAAAAAUCUACUUGGGGCAUAGGGAAAGCAAACAUGUUUAUUUUGUACUGCGUUCAAAUGGCUUUUUGUAUCACUUGUGUAACUGUUAGUAAAUGUCAUUAUGUCCUUAUCUGUAUAAAACUGCUAAAUGCCGACAUGUUACUUUUGAUGCAGAAACAGAUUGGAAACAGCUAAAUUAUAACCUUGAUAUAUGGCUAUGUACUAUUGUUUCUUCAUACUGUGUCUGUAUUUAAUCUUUUAUUUUUUAAUGGAGCCUGUUGCGCCUAUUUAUGAAAUAAUAAAUCUAGGUGUUUGUAAGUAAUUUUUUUCUUAGCAUUUUAAAUAUGUUUCUUUGAUGUUUUUACUUUUGCUGGAAAAAAUAUUGAUUCACAAAUCAUGUGAACAUGUUUUCCUUUCUACUGUGACAUUCAAUAAAGCCAAACUUGCAUUUUUAAGCUACAAAAUAAAA